UGAGUGAUCCCCAAGCAAAUGAAAAGGGGAGGGCGAGACCUUCCCAAUCUGCAUUUCUCUGGGCACGAAGCAAGCAUCUGUGCCAAGAUUGCCAAAGGAGAAAAGGGCGACGGGCCGAGCCGGCAGCCGAAUCCGAAACCUCAAAAUCACCAACGAAUCCAAUCAUUUCCAUGCUGCUUCACUCGUACACGGCGGCGCUUUUACCCCAGCUACCCCAGUGAGGUGCGCCUGGUUCCUGGCAGAAAAGCUCACACACCGCUCGGUCUCGGCGACCCUUUCACUGCCCUCUUCGGCUCUUGUCUCUCGAGCUCAGCUUUAUUUGUUUCACCGGGGCAUGGCCGCUAUAACAACCCCGGACCUACGGCUCGCACGGUCGCCACACGCAUCCUUCCGCCAUGGACGAGAGCCCCGCGUGCCUGCGCCCGCUGCGCCUGCUCUUCGUCGUCCUCGUCGCGUUCGCCUUCGUCGCGCGAUGCGGAGGAGCAAGAAUGCUGAGACCAGAGGAGCUGCGAGUGCGUCACCACCACCACUCUUCCUCUGACCCCUACUACAGCACGCCGGUGAUGCCUCCCUACGGCGACGUGUUCAGGCAACCUCCUCCUCCCGGCUCUCCCAACUGCGGCCUCACCCCGGGCGCGCCGCCGCCGCCGCCUCCAUCGGCGACCACCGUCCCGGCGCCGGCCUUCGUCUACUCGUCCCCGCCGCCGCCGGAGCCGGACUACUAUUACCCUCCGCCGUACAUCAGCCCAAGCCCACCAGAUAUCAGCCCAAGCCCACCUCCCACGGAAACGCCGCCGCUCCCGCCCAUCGUCUACCCAAGCCCACCAGAGGUCACCCCCAGCCCACCAGAGGUCUCGCCGUAUCCCAGUCCACCACCGGAGGUCGCGCCGUACCCGAGCCCACCUGAAGUUGCGCCCAGCCCGCCGGAGGUCGCGCCGUACCCGAGCCCACCUGAAGUUGCGCCCAGCCCGCCGGAGAUCGCACCGUACCCGAGUCCACCGGAGAUCUCCCCGAGUCCACCGGAAAUCUCGCCAAGCCCACCGGAGAUCUCCCCGAGCCCACCGGAGAUCUCGCCAAGCCCACCGGAGAUAUCGCCGAGCCCACCGGAAAUCAUCCCAAGCCCACCUAGCUACGAACCGACCCCACCGAGCGUUGUGCCGAGCCCGCCGGAGUACGCGCCGGAGCCACCCACCUACGUGCCGAGCCCCCCGGCGUACUACGCGCCGGAGCCGCCAGCAUACGUGCCGAGCCCGCCGGAGUACGCACCAGAGCCGCCGGCGUACGAGCCGAGCCCGCCAAUCUACGCGCCGUAUCCGCCAGGGAUCAUCCCGAGCCCGCCGGAGUACGCGCCGGAACCGCCCGGGCUCGUCCCGAGCCCGCCGGAGUUCGCGCCGGAGCCGCCAGGGUUCGUCCCGAGCCCGCCGGAGAACGCGCCAGAGCCGCCGGGGGCCGUCCCCUCCCCCGGGAGCGGGGGCGGCUUCAUGCCGCCGGUGGUGUUCCCGCCCCCGUUCCCGACGCCGUCGCCGGGGACGGUGGGCUCGGAGUGGUGCGUGGCGAAGCCGUCGGUGCCGGGCCCCAUCGUGCAGCAGGCCAUGGACUACGCGUGCGGCUCGGGCGCGGACUGCGACUCCAUCCAGCCGUCGGGCCUGUGCUUCCGGCCGGACACCAUGGUGUCGCACGCCUCCUUCGCCUUCAACAGCUACUGGCAGCGCACCAAGGCCAACGGCGCCACCUGCGACUUCGGCGGCACCGCCAUGCUCAUCACCAAGGACCCAAGCUACGAUGGCUGCCAUUACAUUUUGAUGUGAUCCCGUCACAGGGUCCUUUGGGAACUGGACCCCUAAGCAACAUUUUCUGAAGAUUAGAGGAACAAGAGGUACAUGCUGUUCUAAUGAUUGUGAGGGCAGUUGCAGUGGAUCACUGAUUUUGUAUAGGGUACAAGACUCCACCCAUCCUAUUUAGAAAGUUUCUAACUCCUUUUCCCCUCUUUUUGGUACACACUUCUUAUUGUUUUGUAUUAUCCUGAAUAAGGAAUGUAAUUUCAUAGUGGUAAAUAAGUCUCUGAUGAAGGCACAUCUAAUUCAUGAGUAGUGUGCAGUGGAAA